GAUCAAUAACCUCUUUGUUUUGCACAGAUUGCACUAUAUUCAAAAUUGAAAUAAAGAAGCAAGAUUGAUACAAUGUAAAAAUAUUUUUCACCUUGUUCAUUAUACAUACCCUCAUCCUCCCUCCUCUACUUUAUCCUUUCUAUAGAGCAGAAAAAAUUUGUUAACUUUUCGAUACAUUCCACAAUUUCAUAUCCUCCAAUUUUCAGAACAAUGAGUUCAUAUCCUUGCCCAAAAUGUCCAAUUUCCAUCAGAAACUCCACAAAGUUUCCUCAUCCAAGAACACCAACAUCUACAAAACACAAAAUUUCUUAUCCUAAAUCCCUCAUCUCCCAACUUUCACUCUCCAGUAGUUCAUCUCUCAGUCACCAAAAAACAAGAACAAACAGUGUAAGUUUUGAAGACAACUAUCCGACCAUGUCAGAAAUCAUGGAGGCAUCGAGAUCCCAAAAUCUUCAUCUUCAUCUGAAAACAUUGGGACCCUUUUUCAGAAUCACAGCAAAGAGCUUAAAAACCCAAAGAGAGCUUGGAAAAGCUGAGGGUUUGAUAAGGGUCUGGUUUCAAGGCAAAAUUCUACACUUGGACUCAAUUAGGCUUCAGAGAGAGACUCUGGGGAUGGAAAAAUCAAUAUUUGGGAUUGGAUUGUUUAUUGGAGCAGUCGCAAUUAGGCAUGGUUAUGACUCUGGUUGUAGAAAAGCUGAGUUGCUCGCCAUUUAUGAUACUGAACUUUACCACACCAAGCUUGUGAGAUUCUACACAAGAAUUGGCUUCAAGUCAGUUCACCAAGUUAGUGGUGAAUCACUUGGAGAUGUUGGUCACAUGUUAGUCUGGGGAGGCAAAGGAACUCGAAUGGAUGCUCACAUUGAAGAUCUUCUUGUAAAAUGGUGCACCCGAUUUAAACCGAAGAGUUGAUUUUACUUCAACGAGUUUAGCUUUGUCUAUAGUAACUCAGUUGGUUGGUUACCUAACCUUUUAAUAUAUGAAAUAUGGUACAACAAUGUACUUUACAUUGACAUGUUAUGCAACAAGAUAAACUUUUGUACGUUUAAUUUCACAUUUGAUUCAUAAACUGCAGGGACAUUUUUUUUCUCCCCUAUUCUCCUUAGCUAAUGAACCUAAGUGGUGUUUGAAUUUGAUUUUGGAAAUAGUUUAUGAAGUAAUUGAUUUCUGAGUUUGGUUUACAAAGAACAUCUUGGUAAACAAGUACUUAAGUUCAUCUACCAUCAUUUUAUUUCAGAAUUAAUUUAAAUAAUAAGUAUCUACUAACAAUAUAAAGAAUUAUUUCACUUCAAUAUGUUCUAACGUGUUAUAUCAAGUUGUUUGUCUGAUUUUGUAUCCUACUAAUCUCAUUUAGUAUAAAAUAAUUAAUUAUAAUCACCUCGACUUGAUGGUAUUAGAUAAAAAUUAAGCCAUCAUUAUAAACUCUUGAUAUCAUACUCUAAAAGCAGGCGAAUUAACUAGUGAAAUUUACGAUGAGUGUCCUCCUAUAGAACGUUUAUUUAAAAAUUUUGGCCUUGUUAACUAAAUUUAACAGUUUUAGAGUCAUGAUGGAAAACUUCUUCCCCCCCGUCCCUCCCCCUUUAUUUAUGUUAGAUUUUCUGUGAGCUAGUUGAAGUUGCUCUCCUUUUGCCUGCCUUCAGGCGAAUUUUUCAGGUUUCAGUAACUCUGCACAAUUUACAGGUGUACAGAUUUUCUAAGAUGAAAAGAUUGUCUUUCUUCACACACAAUUACAAUUAAAAUGAAAUGAGAUAUGUAAUGUAGAAAAUUAUAGACUCAUCCCUUAUUACCAUUAUUGGAUUUGUUUAGCUUUUAAAAAAGUCAUUGAAAAAGACAAAAUGAAUAUCUUGAUUUUUGAUGGUUUAUGUUAAAUUUAAC